GUUGCUAUGAAGCUUGUACAAAGAGGGAAAAAAAUGAAACAGCCCAAAAGAGAGAGCGUGGAAAACAAUGAAGUGGAAGCUCAGCACAAGUGCCCCGAGUGCGGGGUGGUGUUCCAGCGGCGUUACGCUCUUAUAAUGCACACCCUGAAACAUGAAAGAUCCAAAGAUUAUAAAUGCCCACUGUGUAAGAAGGAGUUCCAGUACGGUGCCUCCCUGCGAGCCCAUCUGGUGCGCCACACGCGGAAGACAGAGGUGAACCCUGCAGCUGGCAGUGCAGAGGAGACAGGCACGUCCUUGGUGAAAGGCAGAAUCAAGAGGGAGUUUAUCUGUGACAUAUGUGGAAGAACUCUGCCUAAGCUCUACUCUCUCAGAAUACACAUGCUCAAACAUACAGGUGUCAAACCACAUGCGUGCAAGGUUUGUGGAAAGACGUUUACAUAUAAGCAUGGAUUAAAAAUGCACUUAGCUCUCCAUGAAGUACAGAAGCAGUUCAAGUGUGACUUGUGUGAAAAGUCUUUUGUCACAAAAAGAAGCCUGCAGGAGCACAUGAGCAUUCAUACAGGAGAAUCCAAGUAUCUCUGUUCCAUCUGUGGAAAAUCUUUCCACAGGGCAUCAGGACUCAGUAAACACAUAAAGAAGCACCAGCCAAAGCCUGAAGUUCGUGGAUAUCAGUGUACUCAGUGUGAGAAGAGUUUCUAUGAAGCUCGAGACCUUCGGCAGCACAUGAAUAAACAUUUAGGAGUGAAGCCAUUCCAGUGUCAGUUCUGUGGGAAGUGUUACAGCUGGAAGAAGGACUGGUACUCUCAUGUGAAGUCUCAUUCUGUCACAGACCCUUACAGGUGCAAUAUAUGCGGUAAAGAAUUUUAUGAGAGAGCUUUGUACAGAAGACAUGUAAAGAAAGCCACACAUGGCAAAAAAGGAAGAGCAAAACAAAACCUGGAACGAGUUUGUGAGCAUUGUGGAAGAAAAUUCACACAGCUCCGGGAGUACAGGAGACACAUGAACAAUCAUGAAGGCGUGAAGCCCUUCGAGUGCCUGACGUGCGGCGUGGCCUGGGCCGACGCCCGCUCCCUGAAGCGCCACGUGCGCACCCACACGGGCGAGCGGCCCUACGUGUGCCCAGUCUGCAGCGAGGCCUACAUCGACGCCCGCACGCUGCGCAAGCACAUGACCCGCUUCCACAGGGACUACGUGCCCUGCAAGAUCAUGCUGGAGAAGGACACGCUCCAGUUCCACAACCAGGGCACGCAGGUGGAGCACGCCAUCAGCAUCCUGGCGGCGGAGGUGCGGGAGCAGGAGGCGGAGAUGGGCGGCGACGAGAUCGAGACGGUGGUGGUGACGGGGGAGGUGCUGGAGGGCAUCGAGGCCGUGGCAGCUACCGAGGAGUGCGCCUCCGUCUCCACUCUCUCCGACCAGAGCAUCAUGCAGGUGGUAAACUACGUCCUGGCCCAGCAGCAGGGGCAGAAAGUGGCCGAGGAGGCGCAGGCCGUGGAAGCCGUGGAAGUGGCCCACGUCGCGGAGACGGACUGA